AUGGCUGACAGCGUAGAUGGGAGAUCAACAUCUAAAGAAGACGGCCUACCAGGUAAAAUCUCUAACUAUCAAUACGAAUGUAAUGCUUGUUUACAAGAUGGACUCACAAAACAAGCAGAGGGAUUUUGUCUAGAUUGUCAGCACUACCUGUGUGACGAUUGUUUCAAAUAUCACCGACUUCCGCGGCCAGUGCGUCACCAUAGAUUAUUGGAUAAAAAUGAAAUGCCAAAAAGGAAAAUAUCAAGGGCUUUAUCUGAGAACUGUCUUAAACAUAAAGGAGAAAGAAUAAAUUACUACUGUAAAAGUCAUGAUGCUGUUGGCUGCAACUUGUGCAUAUUUCAGGAACAUCGAAAUUGUACAGACAUCUGUACCGUUGUCGAAAAGGCAGAAGAAUUUAAAGAUUCGGAUUCAAGCAGAGAAAUGUUCAUCAAAUUAACUGACACAGGAGAAAAGCUUGAUAAACAAAUGAAAGUAACAAAACUACACAUGCAAACUAGUGAAAAGUCUUGGAAAGAAGCCAUGUCAAGCAUAAACAACUUCCAAAAAGAAUUGAAUGAGAAAAUUGAUUCUUUAAAGAAUCAGAUGAUAAAAGAAUCAGAACACUGGCAAAAUACAACUCGAACGAAGGUAAAUCAAAUUGAAGUAGACGUAAAUAGAGCAAAAGGGGAACUUGAUGAUUUACAACAAGAUUUGCAAAUUUUUGAACAAGCAAAAUUGUAUAAUCAGCUUUUCAUAGCCACAAACAACGUAAGCAGACAACAAGACGAAUUAGAAGAGAAGAUGAUGCAAAUGGAAAGGGAAAAUGAAAUAAGAAAAUAUUCUUUCAUUCCAAACGAGAUGCUCAUUAAUCUAAUGCAAAAUGUGGAUGCACUUGGUGAAGUAUUUACUCAAGACAUCGAAAAUCCACAGGAGUCUUUGAAAAGCUUCUACAAUAAUUAUUUGGAACAUGGCUUUCGCAGAUGGAUCCCACUCUCGGAAACCAGCGUAAUAGUUCUUGAUCAUAUCCGAAACUGCAUUCAUUUGAUAAAAGGGGAAAAAGUCAGUGUAAAGAAACUUACAUCUGGACCAUGGGACAUGACCUGCACAGAAGAGAACAUUUUUGCCGUUACAUUACCGAGUGAAAGGAAAAUACAGAUCAUGCAUAUUUCCCAUAACUUUUUAGAUGAGAAUAGAAUUAGAGGAGAGCAAGAUAUCAUGGUUGGCUCUCGAUGUGAAGGUAUUGUAUAUGCUGAAAAUGACAUAUUUGUUACUUGUUCCAGGCCAGCAAAUGUAACACGUCUUGAAAUGAAUGGCAAUGUGAAACAAGUCAUUUCAUCGGAUGAAUUCGGGAAAGCGUUAUUCGAGCAACCAGCUUACAUUGCUUACCACAUGGAAACAGAUACGCUUUACGUGUCUGACAGACAAACUGGUUCCAUUACAGCUAUGUCAAGGGAAGGAGACGUUAAGAAGAUGUAUGAAAAUGUGAUGAAAAUACCAAUUGCCUUUGUUCAUGACGAGGAAGAGGAAGAUGUUUACGUUACUGGACUGAAAGAAAAUGGAAGAAACCAUAACUUUUGUGUUCUUCAGAUAUGUAUGAGCACUGGGGAAAUAAAAUCAUUAUCUACGCUUGAUUACCGAGAGUUUAUUCAACUGUCUGCAAUGCCAAUUUUAAAGAAAUAA